AGACAGAAGCACCAAAAUGGGGAAUUGAUACGGUACAAAAAUCAGAUUGCUUUCGAUUUCUUUUCCUCCACCUUACAGUAAUUUUGACGCGAGAUGUUGAUUGCGUUUGGCAACUGAUGCCGACAAUGGCAGCGCCGAAUAGAAGAUAGAGAAAGCGCAUUUUGGCAAAGAGCAAACAACAGCAAACCAUGAUUCGCAGAAUAUCGGGCAGCAUCCCGAGAUGCACCUCAUCGUCUUCGCGGCCGCUGCCGCCCAUUGGUUCGGCCCCCYUUCAUUGCUCGCGAGAGGCGGYGGUCGCUGCGGGGACUCGCACAAGCCGGCGGRGCAUUUCGUUCUCUCGCCCGUGCUGCAAAUGGUCGGUGGACUCCGACACGGGCGUCGUUUCGUUGGACGGAACGGCCAGGUUCCAGACGGUGAUUGGUGUGGAGAUCCACGCGCAGCUGGACGUUUCCACAAAGCUCUUUUCCGGUUGCCCCGUUCCGAACAGCAAAACGACCAAAGGAAAGAGCAGCAUCGUUCACAACAAGCCCAAUUCCUCCGUGUGGCCCAUGGACGUGGGAGUUCCAGGAAUAUUGCCRCGGCUUUCUUCCGAGGCCGUUCGGGCCGCCGUUCUUUCGGCGGGGGCAAUGAAUUGUUGUGUGCAAMCGGUGUCCAGGUUCGAGCGGAAGCAUUAUUUCUACGCCGAUCUGCCGUUGGGGUACCAGAUCACGCAGCAACGAUGGCCYUUGGCACGGGAUGGACUGCUGGUGUGUCAGAAGAAAACCAAAAAGCAGAAGAACAAGAACAAGAAAAAACAGAAAAAAACGAAAGACUCCAGCGACAACGCCGAAGAUACGUUCACUCUUCGCAUCGAACGGGUUCAGCUCGAACAGGAUACUGGCAAGACGCUAGCGGAUGCCUACACGAACCCCAUUACCAACCGUAGGGAAUCAUUGGUAGAUUUCAACCGUGCGGGGCGGGCUUUGAUCGAAGUCGUGAGCCACCCAGACCUGAGGUCCUCGACACAAGCCUCCAUUGUCGUCGAAACGCUGCGAUCGCUCUUCAAGCACAUUGGGACCUGCGACGGAAAAAUGGAAGAAGGGUCGCUUCGUUGUGAUCUGAAUGUCUCGAUCGCACCCAUUCUGGAGAACGAGGAUGACGGCGGCAAUGCAAGCGAUAGCAGCGUCGAUUGCGACAUCCUUUCGCGGACGGGUCAUCGAGUCGAAGUCAAAAACCUCAACUCGAUCCGGCAGGUCCAGCAGGCAGCCGAAUACGAAGCCUUGAGGCAGUCCCGGGCGAUCCUAGAAGACAAUUCUCCUACGCCACAAGAAACCCGAACAUUUGACGUCAAAACAAACAAGACGGUGGUCAUUCGGACCAAGGAAGGUGCCAAGGACUAUCGAUUCAUGCCGGACCCCGACCUGCCCCCGCUGGUUCUCGACAACGACGACGCGCUGGGCAGCGGAGGCGUGGAAGCAUUUUUGGAAGCCAACCUUCCCGAGCUCCCGGACCACGCCCGGGAGCGGCUUCGGACCGAGCACGACCUGACGGAUUACCUGGCCGGUGUCGUCACGAACGACCCGCCGGCCAUUGCAUUCUUUGACGAGGCGGUCCGCGAAGCCCGCGCCCAGCUCCUGGGAGGCGACGAUCGGAGGACGCGGCAAAUCCCGGAAACCGUCGCCAAUCUUCUUUGCAACGAGCUCUUUGCGCUCGUGCGAGAGUUCGAGAUGCAGCGCCUGAUCGAGGAGGGCCUGGUCGAUGCAGCGGGGGGAGGUGGUGAUUCGUCCAUGAGAUAUUCUCGGGUGACCGGACAACAGCUAGGAGAAGUUGUCGCCAUGGUCCUAGAAGGAAYAAUUUCCAAUACCAUGGCCAAGCAGCUCUUGCGAGUUUUGUAUAGCGACGCAAUGGGAGACGAGGAUGAAGGAGAAGAAGAACCCGAAUCGACAAUAACGCCAUCGCGGGUGGGAAAAUCGCCCCGCACCGUGGCAAAGGAACGCGGGUUCGAGCUCAUCACCGAUGCGAACGAACUAGAAAAGUUGUGCCGAACAGCGAUUGGCAACAGCCCGAAGGAAAUGGAGCGCUACAAGCUGGGUGGGAAAUAUUCUGUGAAAAUCACCAAGUUCUUGCUGGGGAAGGCCAUGGGUGCCAGCCGCGGAAACGCUCACCCGGAACGGCUGAACGAGGUCCUCGCGGAAGUUUUGGAGGAGGUUGCGCCUCUCGACUCCGUCGAAUGAGGGGCAAACAAGUCGUACCGCUUUCGGUURAGAAGGAUACGUAGCUCAGUUAUUCUCGCGCCUGGCGGAUUCCAAAUAUAAAAUUGAAYCACUG